UCGUCAUCGUCAAACCAACAGUGAUUCCUACUCCUCUAACCUAACCCUAGAGAAUCACAACCGCAUUUCAAAUCCUCCUCCUCUUCCUCCUCCUCCUCAUCCUCGAUUUCCCGCGUUGGAUUCCCUAACCUCCUUUGCCGGAAGAUUAGGUCGCUCGUGUUCGUUGCGCUCUCGGGUGUUCGAAAUCUGAUUCUUGUUGUUGUUGUCGUCGUUGCGUUGGAUUGGAUUGAUCGGCUGUUUGGAUUGGGCCGGACCGGAUCCAAUUCGCGCAUGAGCUGAGAAGGAGAGGAGCCUGUGAUGCGAGAUACGGAACCCUAAGAUUGCAUCAUCCGCCAUCCCAUGUUGAGCUCUUGUUGCUCUCACUCUCUAUCCCUUCGCCCCCUGGUUUCGCCUUCCGUCGUUCGGUUUAGGGUUCCAGCCAGACCGGCCUCGUCGCUCGCACUCUCGCUCUCGCGCAGCUCUGGGGUCUCAGGUUCGCGCUGCAAUUGCGCCAGAAAUAAUUGGAAGAUUUCUUGCUUCAGGGACCAGAGUUUCUCUCCAGAUAGUCAACAAUUCAAAUUCAUUGAAAAUGCUCUGCCAGAAGAACGUACCGAGCCUGAAUUGAAUACUGAAGUCACUGUUCAGAAGGACUGGAAAGCAAAAUUUAGAGAGGCUGUAAAUGCAUUAUUCAGAGCAAUUGGAAGGCCUUGGACAGUGCCCUGGACAGCAGAGACAGUGUUAAAGGUUAUGGUUCUUUGGGUUACCUCAUUCUGGUUUAUAGGGACAUGGCUGGUUCCUUUCGCGGUGCAUAUAGCAGGUUUCAGCAAGGAAUCUUUGACUUUCAGAGGGCAGGCACUCUAUAGCCUCUUGACGGAUGUGACUGAAGGCAUUGCCGGAAUUUUGAUCCUACACCGCUGCCUCUCACGGUUUUAUCCCCUCCCGUCUGAUUGGUUUCGUUUCAGUCUAAAAGGCAAGUGGCAGUUUGACGUCGCGCUUGGGUGCCUCUUGUUUCCUCUGGUCAAUCGCCUCUCACAAAUCAACCUUGAUCUAUUACCGAUUCUCCCCUCCACACCCGUAACACUAUCAAGUGUUGAACAGUCAAUUUUGGCACGGGAUCCGAUUGCGAUGGCACUUUAUGCACUUGUAGUAACAGUUUGUGCUCCUGUAUGGGAAGAAAUAGUGUUCCGGGGUUUCCUUCUUCCUUCGCUUACAAAAUACAUGCCUGUGUGGUGUGCAAUACUGGUGAGCUCAGUCGCCUUUGCUUUAGCGCAUUUUAAUGGACAGAGGAUGCUUCCGCUCAUCUUUCUCGGGGUGGUGAUGGGUCUUCUCUUUACACGGUCAAGGAACUUAUUACCAUCCAUGCUAUUGCAUAGCCUCUGGAAUGCUUUUGUUUUCUUAAGUUUAAUGAGAUAGCCUGUAGCUUUGCAUGUAAAUUAGUGAUCAAUCAGUAAAAUUUUUAUCCAAACGUUAAUUUUGUCCAGGGUUGAUGUGCAAACUCACCCUAGUUUGCAAAAUAAUAGCAGUGUCUUCCUGAAA